AUGGAACACAAGAACAAUACUAUUGAAACCGAGAACAGCACUCCUGAAUGGAGAGUUGCCAACUACCAGAUUCCAGUGCCUCUUGGCGACUGUUCAGCACACUUUCUCAUCGAAAGGAAUGGUGUGAAUGGACAGCAGGUCAAGAAAGCCUUUCUCAUGGACGGCGGCACCAACUCUGGAGGUUACUAUGCCUGGGUCCAGAUCCUCAAAGGGUUGCGACACAUUGACCUCGAACUUGGCACUAAAUGGAAGUUUGAUAACUGGGUCGUCACGCAUUGGGACGAAGACCAUUAUCGUGGCGUGCGCGACUUGUUGUCAACUGAUCUCGAGCUAUUCCGUUUCGUUCAAAAGGGAGAGGGUGAUCCUACAGGUCGGACUCCACCAUCAACGUUUGCAAAGCAGUAUUUCUGUGAGAAGCCUUGGCUCCUUUGUGGCGCGUUGGACCGAGCCAUGUUUAUCAACCGAAAGAAAGAGCUCGAUUACAAAUACCUUGAACCAUUCAUGACGCACGGCGGUCUCACUCUGUACCCCAACCCAGCUCUCCAAGGUUUACCCAAAAUAUCCUAUACACUUGACGCUCAGACUUCGCGCUCCUGGAUCGAGGAAGCAGGACUUCGGUGCAUAACGACCCAACCAUUGGUCGGCAUCGAUCUUUUCACCCGUACCUGGCAGUUCAACUCGGACGGCAAGCCUUGCUCUGCAGAGACAGAUAUUGACAGUACGUGGCGUAACAAGGCAGCUCAGUCAACAGCCCAACCCCGAUUUUGCGUCAUCGGAGCCGAUGGCUAUGGUAUUGGCAUUGGCGAUGGCGGUCGCUUUGUGAAGGAGCCAUCACGCAACGAAACGUCAAUUCUUGCAAUUUUAUACUGGCCCGGUAAUCUUCGCUGCUCCUACUAUACUGGGGGUGACGGUAGUCCGGACAUGGCCAAGGGAAUUGUCAGAGAAUGGCUCAGCAAGCAUUUUCAGCGAGGAGGUCAGGUUGAUUUGAUGAAGCUGGACCAUCAUGGCUCAACCAGGGAGAACCUGGGAUCCAAAAAGAAGCCGGCUACCGGCACUAACUUCAUCGUUGCCGGUGAACCACAAAAAGCUGAUAAAGAGCCGUCAGACAUUAUUGCAGAUAUCCUCAUCGAACAUCUCAAACCAGAGGGUCUGCUGGUGACACCAGGAACCCAGCAUGGACAUCCUACCUGGGACGUCCUGCUUGCUAUACAUAGGUAUUUCAGCAAUCUGGUCGCCACUGAUGGCCUUUUUACUACCCGAUCAUUUUACUGGUUGGAUACAAACAAGCCUGGCUCCAUCAAGAAUCUCAAUUUCAACCACAAUGAUGUUGACUAUAUGCAAGCUCUCUACAAAAAGGUGUACGAAGAUUACGAUGCAGGUGAAAAGCUCAUUAACGAAGAUGAAGACAUUUCAACCAGUGACAUCGAGAACGUGCAAACGAGCUAUGAGGUGGUUUACAAUAGUUUAUACCUCGGCAAUGAACAUCAAGAUGAUAAAGAAGAAACACUUAUGGACGAUCUCGUUAUACUGGAUCAACCCGAGAGAGUGAAGAAUCAAGCUGAAUUUGAGAAGGAGAAGAAGUUAUACGGCUGUCGGCUGAAAAAAGAGAGCCCCGCCGAAAUUCUUACACCGAAAGGCGAAAUCAACUGGAGCAAGGUUCAGGAAAAACUUACUGAGGAAUGCCGAAGUUUGCUAGAUUCUAAGCCUGAAAAGCUCGAUGUCAAUAUCAAACGCUCUGCCGUUGGUGAUAGUCUUUUCUGGGCUUGGUUUAGAUGGGCUGAGGACAUAGAAGACUCUGUGUUCAACGGAGCCUUACAAUAUUCAGACAUUUGCUGGCAGCCUAUCAUCACCGGCGGAAACCCCCAUUACCUUAUAAGUUUUGUUUUUGGAAAGGGCGGGGAAGAGAAACUAAUCGAGGUCUUCACCGACGAUGGCGAGUUUCAGGUCAUCAAGGACCAGAACACUGGGGAAGUCUCUCACUUGGCCACCAAUCUUGUCGUGGAGCACCAGUCGGCUCCAUGGACUAGACUAGUCUACUCUCCCCUUACCCUAGCCACGAUCUUCAACCUACAACAAGCCAGUGAUCAGGCUAACUUUAUAAAUGACUCGUUCUUGAAACAGCCGCUCACGGGUAUCAAGACUGAUAUGAAGCUGGCGAUCGAUGUCCUUUUCAAUAGAAACUCGACCGACCCCGCAUCUUCAAAGGCGAACAGCAGGAAGGAGCUUAAAUCGGCCAAAAUGCGCAUAGAAAAGCUCGAUGAGACCAUGGAGGAUUACAUGGAGCUCAAGCGUAUUUGCCAAGGCGAGGGCUUCAAGAAGCAGCAAUGGCUUUUGCAAAAUCGACCGAAAAGGGCGACUAAACCAAAGGCAAUCCUUGUUUCGGAAGGGAAUGACGAAUUGAUUGAAAAGAACCGCAGUGCCUUGGAACGACUACAACCUUGGGAACUGAACCUCGCCCUCAAGCAUGAUAAGAUAGGGUACUUCGCAAGGCACUAUAGUAAUCUGAAGGGUGAAGGAGAAGUUAGGGGUCAGGAAGAUGACGGCAGUUUCCAAAUUGGCGACGAAGAGCUGGGCGAAUUACUGGAAGAGGUGCAAAAGCUUUUGUCGAACUUUGUGCCGAAGGGCAUUUUUAAAUAG